ACCAUCUGAUUCUCACACUCACCAUUCUCCACAGCUUUCACUCCAACUCUCCAACCUCAUUCACGAGAGGGAAGAACUUUCCAUUUCUUCCUUUCUCUCUCAGCAAUGCCCACUUCAAUUCCUUCUUGAAUUUUGAUCUCAUUCAGUUCUUUCCCUUGUCUUCUCCAUGUUCAAUAACAUCAUCUAUAUACAAUACAACAAUUCUUUCUUUCAUUUCUCUCAUUUCUUCUGAAUUACCCUGCAUUAUUUUUCUGUUUUGUAAACCCCCAAAAUGUGGGUUUAUCCUCAUGUUCUUGAUGAGCACUUCAAUGCUAUUACCCCACCACUUUAUCUUUCAUGACUGCACCAAGCUAUCUUCUUCUCUUUCUAAUUUUCCUUCCUGCAAUUCAUUUCAUGAAUUUUCUGCUUUCGGUCGUAAGGGAAAAGGGUUUUAUCGGCAUGUUCUUAAUGCUAAGAAAAACGGGUAUUCGAGGAAAAGGAGUUGGUGGCAGAGGUUUUUCUUUGACGAUGAUGGAAAUUGGCUGGGUUUGAAGGAUGAUGGAAUGUUGGAGGAUGAGUUGGAGAGUAUUGCGAGUGAUGAAGAUUUGUCUGAUGAUAAAAAAUUUGAGGCCUGGAAGAAGAGAGCUGAAGCUAUUAUAGAGUUGAAGGAAGCACAGGAAGAUGUGAGGAAUGAACAAGGGCAGAGGUGGACUGAUUGGCUUUAUGAGGACACAAACCAUGCUCGAACUUCGUGGAGUCAAGAUUGGGAUAAUGGUCUUGGGGAAUUGAAUGAAGAAUCGUCUGAUGCUAGUGAUUUAGUUCCUGAGAAGGGAUUUGUUGAGUCUGUUAGAGAUUUGGUUCUUGGGAAGGAAGAGGAUGACAUGCUCUAUGAAGAUCGUGUAUUCCAGUAUGCCUCUUUAAAUUCGGCAAAAUUUCUCACAGUUUUAAUAAUUAUACCUUGGGCAUUGGAUUUCGUGGUUCAUGAUUAUGUUCUCAUGCCCUUUCUUGAUAGGUAUGUCAAGAAAGUGCCACUGGCAGCUGAGAUGCUUGAUGUGAGAAGAAACCAGAAGCUCGAGAUGGUUGAGGAACUGAAAAUUGAGAAAGAAAGAUUCAAACUUGAGAUGGAAAUUGGAAAGUCUCCUCCCCUUUCCGAUGAAGAGUUAUGGUGGGAAUUACGGCAUAGAGCGUUAACAUUGAGAGAUGAGUGGAGGUUAGAGAAUCGUAAAGCAUUUGCCAACAUAUGGUCAGACAUGGUAUUUGGGAUCUCAUUAUUCAUUCUUUUGUACUUCAACCAAAGUAAAGUAGCUUUGCUGAAAUUUACAGGUUAUAAAAUAAUAAGUAAUAUAUCAGAUACUGGGAAGGCAUUUUUAAUUAUAUUAAUUACAGAUAUUUUUUUAGGUUAUCAUUCUGAAUCCGGUUGGCAGACUCUGUUAGAGAUAAUUGUUGAACACUAUGGCCUUGAGGUUGAUCAGUCUUUGAUAACCAUCUUUAUAUGCCUGGUUCCGGUUAUGAUGGAUGCAUGCGUGAAACUUUGGCUGUUUAAAUAUCUGCCAAGAUUAUCACCUAGAGUGUCGAAUUUAUUCCAGGAAAUGAAGCGCCAUUAAUUUUUGAAAUUUGGGCUGAGUCAUUUGAGUAAGGGUUGCCAAAUUUGUUUAUUGUGCAGGAAAAGCAGUGUUCUUCAUGCAAACAUGUUUGUUCUUUGAGCAAGAGUUGUUUUUUCUACAGCCAUUGUGUUCUCGUUAGUUGCUCAAUGUGUUUCAUAGCUUCCACCGUAAGUUUCUUCAUAUGUUGUCUGCAACAUAUGGAAGAUUAUUCUUGUUUAGGAGCCUAAACCAUUGUUGUCGAUAAUAAAUAUUUUGUCUUAGGAGGAGCCUAAGAUACAUGGACGAGAAAGAAUUCUCUAUCCUAGGAGAGCCUAAGAUCUAUCAAUGAAGGAAGUUUGUUGAAUUGAAGGAAAAAAUAAUUUCGUGAGAGGAAGUCUCACACCACUGUUGGAAGCUGAAGUGAAGACACUAGUAUUACCAUUCUUAGGGGAGCAUAAGCACGUGGAGAGUGAGGACAACUCACAUUUAGGGGAGUCUAAAUAUACUUGAGAGAGAGUCUCACGUUUAGGAUAGCCUAGGUGAUCAUUUAGUUAAGCUCUACGUGAGUCAAUGUAGUAGGAGUAUUGCAUUUAAAUACUAUAUUGUAAACUGCUUAACUUUUAAUAUUAGUGGAUUAUCUUUCAGUGCCCCCAAGAUGUAGGUGGUAUAUUGUCAACUGGGUUA